CGAGAAGCUGCGACGCGAGAAGCUGGAGAUAUCUUGUGUGAUUCGAAUCCAAACGCGGUGCCGACGUUGGUUUGCUCAGAGGAAGCGAGUGCAGCUGAUACAGGAGAAGCGUGAGGUGGCUGCGGCUAUCAUCAUUCAAAGACGGAGCAGGCGAUGGCUCGAGCAGAACCAGGUUAAUUCAGCUAAGCUAAGGCGCUUUCGCUUGAACGUGGCGUUCUGCAAGCUCCGUCGUGCAUGUCUAGCGUCUCAGGCAGCAGCUGAAAUGGAGGCCGAGCCUUCCCCGAGUGAUGACUCGACGAAGAGCGGACCCAAGCGACGUGUUUCAAAGUCAUUAGGCUUGCCAGUGACUCUGUCCAGCUCGGAGCAGGAAGACAGCUCUACCAGUGAUGACUGGAUGGAGCCCCCACUCCGCAUUACCGCUCCGACUCACCGUCGCACCAACAGCAGACGCGCAAACAGUCGACGUAGCCGUACAAGCAGCAGCCACGUCGACGAUCGCAAUUCGCUUCUGGAGAACGAGAUCUUGCGCUUACAACAGAUGCUGGUAGAGCAACAGAACGGUAGAUCUCGGCAGGAUCAGCAGCGCCGAUCGUCGGCUUUUUCUCGCCCGCCUCGGAGUGCCCCGCUGGACUUGAGUCAAUCCGCCCGUGUAACGCGCUCACGCUCCGGUCGUCGUCGGUAUUCAGAGGACGGUGCCUUAUCCGAAGACGAGGACGGAGAGAAUGACGACGAAGCAUCGCUGUUGCCACCACGUCGUGCGCGGAGUGUCAUGCCGGCACAGCAAGCUGAUCACGUGUCCAUGCUAUCGCAGAAGAUCGAAGAGCUGGACGCCAAGUGCAAGUUCCUGGAGCAACUCGUGGCUCGCAAGAAUUACGAAGACGCCGCAAGAGAAUCCUUCAUGUACGGCCGAGGGUCGUUCGGUGGCAGGGAGCGCUUUCCCUCUGCGGACGGAUCAUUGUACGGCGACACCCCACCGAGCGAAACUGGAUCGGAUGUGGACUCAAUCAUCUUGAAUAUCCAGAGCCAGAUGAACAUGUUGCGCCAGUCUAUCGCUGGGAAGGAGCAGGCCCUCCAGACGUCUCGCAAGUCGCACGCCUUGUCAUUCUCAUCCAGCACACGGCCGACACGCUCCUCGUCAGCUGCAUCGACCACGUCGUUUACGAAUCUGCCCUUGGGUGAGGCCCCACCGAGUCUCCCGUCGCUUCCGUUGUCCGAGUCGCAGCUUUCAGCCGGUGGCUCAUCACAUGGCAACAGUCGGCGCAGUGGCGGUAGUUCGCUUGGACUUCCUCCAACGCCAACGUCUUCAGUAGCGUCGUCGUUCUACCAGGGCCCACCCCGUUCUUCUCCUGCGAAUUUUGGUGGCCGUGGAAUGCCUCGAAUCGUCAAGUGGGCUCGCUCCACCAACUGCUACGAGUGCGAGGAGCCGUUCAACUUGUUCGUGCGACGACACCAUUGCCGUAUGUGCGGUAACUCGUUCUGUCACGAGCACUCGAGUCGACGUGUGUCAGUCUUUGGCAUCGGCUUCGACGACGAGCCUGUCCGCGUCUGUGACAACUGCUUUGCCGAGUACUAUGCAGCGUCGCAGGAGCCGCAGUAUCACCCUCAGUACGGCUUCAGCUCCGGUACACUGUCCACGUCUUCGCGGCUUGGUGGCUUGUAGUGAACACGUGUGAUCUUCGUAAGAAUUUACAAGUAGAAUAGUC